AUGAGUGUCUUCGUUACUGGUGCUACAGGUUACAUUGCCCAACACAUUGUGCAAGAGCUUCUAAAACAAAAUUAUAAGGUCAUCGGUUCAGCCAGAUCUCAAGUAAAAUGUGAUAAUUUAAUUAAGAAUUUUGGUUAUAAUAAGAAUUUUUCUAUGGUAGUUGUACCAGAUAUUUCUGAACUUAGUGCUUUCGAUGAAGUUUUUCAAAAAUAUGGCGAUGAGUUAAAAAUUGUAUUACACACUGCAUCGCCUUUCCACUUUGAUGUUAAGGACGUUAAGAAGGAAUUGUUAAUUCCUGCGUGUAAUGGUACUUUGGGUAUCCUUGAAUCUAUCAAAAAAUAUGCUCCUGAUAAAAUUGAACGUGUAGUAGUAACUUCGUCGUUUGGUGCAAUUAUUGAUUUCACUAAAUUGGAUGACAAAUCCUUUACUUUCGAUGAAACUUUGUGGAAUCCUGACACCUGGGAAUCCUGUCAAUCCAAUCCUGUAUCCGGUUACUGUGCUUCUAAGAAGUUUGCUGAACAAGCAGCUUGGGAUUUUUGGAAACAAAAUAAGGAUGUUGUCAAAUUUAAAUUAUCUACUGUCAAUCCUGUUCACGUUUUUGGACCACAAGUAUUUGAUUCGGAUAUUAAGGAAACAAUGAAUUGUUCUUGUGAAGUUAUUAAUUCAAUUUUGAAAGGAGGCCCAGAUAUCCCUGUUAACCCUAAUUCAAGAAAUCAAUUUAUUGAUGUACGUGAUAUCGCCCGAGCUCAUUUACUAGCUUUCCAGAGAGAAAACACAAUAGGUAAAAGAUUGGUACUAUCAUGUGGUGAUUUUAAUCAACAAGAUAUUAUCAAUGUUCUUAAUACUGAUUUUCCAUCACUUAGAGGGAAAGUUCCAGCAGGAAAUCCAGAAAACGGUAUCCUUGGAACCCACACUGGGGCAAUUGUCGAUUGUUCGAAGACUAAAGAAAUUCUGGGAUUUGAAUUUAUUGAUUUUAAAAAGACUGUUGAUGAUACUGUUGAACAAGUAUUAAGGGCCCACGGCGAAUUUUAA